ACAGUGUGGCCCUGACCGGGCGAUAAGCGCCGGCUUCCUCUGUGACCUAACUCUUUAGAGUUGCUCCCGUCAUAAGAAAGCAAACCAGAAUGAAACAAGUUUGGAGGGAACAGCGGGGUCACAAUUCGCUUUUCGUUAAACAAAACACCAUGAGGGCAUAUGACCCGAGGGUCCGGACUUAUUCAUCUGCUGCAUGGAGGAGGAGGCUUUCUACCUGCUGUAGCGCUCUUCUGGGAAACAAGCCCAGGCUGCUGUUCUUUCUGGCCUUGCCCUCGGCCGCCAUCCUGCUGUUCCUCCGACUCUCGGGCAGCAGCGGAAGCCCGGAGAAAGCCGGAGGGGCGCAGGUGCUGCUGCUGUCCUCGUGGCGCUCGGGCUCCUCCCUCACGGGCCAGCUCUUCAGCCAGCACCCGGACGUCUUCUACCUGAUGGAGCCGGCCUGGCACGUGUGGCUGGCCUUCCCGGGGAGCGGCGCGGCCGCGCUGCGGCGGCGCGUGCUGGACUUGCUCCGCUCCGUCUUCCUCUGCGACCUGAGCCUGCUGGGGAGCUACCUGGGCCCGGGCCCCAGAGGGCAAGCGGACGUCUUCAUGUGGGAGACCAGCAGGGCCUUGUGCUCGCCCCCCGCCUGCGGCGCCUUCCCGCGCGGGGCCCUGGUCGCGGCGGCGGAAUGCCGGCCUCUGUGCCGCCGGCGGCCCUUCGGCGGCGUGGAGGAGGCCUGCCGCUCCCACAGCCACGUGGUGCUCAAGGAGGUUCGUGUCCUCGGCCUCCCGGGCCUCCGCCCGCUGCUGACCGACCCUGCCCUCAACCUGCGCGUGGUGCACCUGGUGCGGGACCCCCGGGCUGUGUUCUACUCCCGGGAGCGCGCGGGAGACCGCCUGAGGCUGGACGACCGCACUUUGCUGGGGCGGCGGCGCUGGGGCGGCCUGGAGGCCGGGGACCGGCCCUACUCCCUGAUGAGGGUGAUCUGCCGGAGCCAGCGGGAGAUCUACGAGGCGGCGCGGCGGCUGGCGGCUCCGCUGCGGGCGCGCUACCUGCUGGUGCGCUACGAGGACCUGGUCCGGGAGCCGCUGGCCCAGGCCGCGCGGCUGUACGCGUUCUCACGGUUGCAGUUCUGGCCCCCGCUCCAGGCCUGGGUGCAGCGCGUCACUCACGGGCAGGGCGCGGGAAACGACUCCUUCUACCCGGAUUCCCGGGACGGCCUCAACGUUUCCCGGGCUUGGCGCUGGUCGCUGCCCUACAAGAAGGUGGCCCGGCUGCAGGCCGUCUGCGGCGACUUCAUGCGGCUGGUGGGCUACCGGCCAGCUCUGUCUGAGCAGGAGCUCAGGAGUCUCUCGCUGGAGCUGCUCGCCCCGCUGAGGGCCGAGGGCUGACAGCCGCCCGACUUUCCACACAACAAACAGCCCGCCGAGCUGCAGCCGCCUGGGGGCUUGGCAGCCCGCGAGAGCCUGUGGAUAAAUGGGACAGACCACCAAGCAGGGAAGGACAUCCAUCAAACAAGUUAGCUAGCCCGAGCUCUUCCCCAGAGGAAGCACUAUGGAUGCAACUUCCAGCCACACGCACCAAGCGUUUUCUCUUUAAAAUCUUUUUACAAGAAAUCCAAAAAAUAAACAAAAUUCAG